AUGAGAAUCGCACCUACAGUCGAUAUGUCACCUUAUGCUUUACAAACCUUGAUUAAUCUCAUGUUAGCUCAAGCUCAGGAAUGUGUCUGGCAAAAGGCCGCCAUGGAUCAACUCCGCGAUGGAACAAUUGCCAGAUUAUCCUCGAAAAUUUCAGAAUUCUACGAUGCAGCUUGUGAAUUAGCUACGAACUCAUCGAUACAGAAUGUAUACCCCAAAAUGUGGAUCACCCAUAUGCAAAUUAAAGCACUUCAUUUUAAUGCUGCAGCUCAGUUUCGUAAAUCCUGUGAAUGUAUCUCACAAGACAAAUACGGUGAAGAAGUAUCCAGACUUCAGGUAGCCUCAGAUUAUGUACGUCGCGCAUUCGAUGUCAUCCGAAGCAGCGGGUAUGGUAAAACAGGUGGAAGCAGUGCUGUUGUCAACGAUUUGAAAUCAUUACAACAAAUUCUAUCAAGCAAUCUUGCGAGAGCUGAAAAGGACAAUGACGUUAUAUAUCUUGAAUUAGUACCUCUUUUCUCUUCUUUACCACCCAUCUUGAAAACUCAAAUGGUCAAAGCAGUAGCUCCUCCAGAGAUAUCGGAUCCUGUCGCUCUGAUGUUGAACAAUGAACGAGCUGACCUAUCACCACAUCCCAUUAUUGGCCUACCCUUGUUUCAAAAAUUGGUUCCGUUUGCUGUUCACCAAGCUGCCAGUGUUUAUGUCGAUCGAAAGGAAAGAUUGAUCAAGGAAGACAUCAUUUCAAAGCUGGAAGAAUUGACAGCUGUAUAUCACAGUUCAAUAGAAUCAUUACAUUUACCAGCUUUGCUUGCCACUGCUGAUCACACUACAGGAUUGCCUGAUUCGAUAUUGCGACAGGCGGCAGAAGUAAGAAGCGGAGGGGGCUCGCAAUCAUUAUACGACAUGUGGGAAUUAGUUCAAAAGGCAUCAUCAAAAAAUGCAGACAUUUUAGAAGAUGCAUUUAAUGCCUUGGAUGAAGAACAUGAGGCAGACGAAGUCUAUCGAUCAAGGUUCCCUAAUGAAUGGAAGCGACCCGAAUCACAUAUACUGACACAGCAAUUAGCCGCACAAGGCCAAAAACAUCGACAGACAUUGACCUCUGCACAGAAAGCGGAUCUGAUUGUUAGAAAUAAACUGGAUACAUGGGCAAAUAUUAUUGAUGUGCUUACACUCACACGUGAGGAAUUAGAGGAUUCUAUUCCUUCGGAUAACAGCUCUUCAGAUCAUCCUCAACGCCAGGAAGAUAGCCUAGUACGUAUCAAGAGAUUGGUGGACGACAUGAACCAGCACAUGAGGAUCAGAAAAGAUUUGAUAGACCAAGCCAAAAAAGCAUCCAACGCUGACGAUAUUUCACCUGCACUAUUGAAGAAAGCUGCCGAAUUGACUGCAAAAUCGCCUAUCGUGAAAAUCGAAGCUGCUCAAUUCGAAGAGUUAUUUGUAGACGAGUUGAGAAAAUAUGAUCAAUUGCUUAUGGCUGUAGAUCAAGAAGACGAGCAACAGAACACGAACUUGAGACAGCUAAAUGAAGCCUAUCAUCAAUACAAGGCUAAAGUUAGUGACAAAACAAGUGGCGCUAAACGCGAUAAGGCAUUACAAAAUUUGAAUCAAGCCUAUCUCAAAUAUAAAGAAAUCAAGACAAACUUAACUGAAGGAUUAAAGUUCUAUGGGGAACAUGCAAAAGGAUUAGAAACAUUUUGUGAUACCUGCAAAGAUUACUGCCAGAGGCGUACUAACGAGUCAGAACAAAUCAUGCAGUAA